GAAAGUUGGGCGCUGGGGAGGGGGCAGCAGGAGGGGAGGGGGCUCCAGGGGUAGGUUUAGCCUAUUAUAUUCAGGGGUUAGGGGUUAUAUUGAGCCACCCUUAUUUGAGGCCUGGGACCCCACCCCCCCUAAGAAGGCGAGGCUUCCAAACUCUGAGGUUUCCCUUUGGAAAGAGGGUUCAGACCCCUUCUUGAUUGUAAUGGAGCACUGAUAUCCUCCUUUCCCUAUGUUUUCAAGCCCCCUCCCUUUAAUUUCCUGCUUACUUAGAUACCAGUCUCCCCCAUUAUUUUAUUGUUCAAAUCCCAUUUUCACUUCCUUUCAAAUCCCCCCCUUUUCCCUCUCUAUUUUAGGGCUUUUCUUCUCCUUUAACUCCCCCCUUCCCCAGUCUACAUUCUUCCUAAUAUGUAUUGACCUCAAACCUUUGAGCCCCCUUUAUUUUAGGUCUGCCCACCCCCCAAAAUGUGAUCCCUUCCUCACUUUAAAUGCAGACUCUGCUUACAUUUUGAAACAACCCCAUUCUUAGUAGAUUUCAAUUCCAUUUCGGUGUAUCUUAUUGUUGUUGUUAUUUCUUUUAAAUCUCCCCCCCCCCCUUUUUUUUUUUUUUUUGCUUGUUUCUGCUGCUUAUUUUCACCCCAGGAUUGUAUCAAGCCCAAUAGUCUGUGCAUUUCUUUUCAUGUUUAUAAGCAGUGACCAGACUUUUUCUAUAAUCGAUUAAUUAGCCUUCUGAGAAUUAUCUGCCCCACCUGAAACUGACAAGCCACACUUAUUGCCCGACAGCGAUACCUAAAUUGGUUUAAAUCAUUCUUCUUUCAGCGUUUUCUUUUCAGUUUAAAUUCUGUAUGUCCUGCAACAGCUCUUGAACGUGAGUACUUAACAUAAUAAUAACUUCCUGAGAGUCAAAGAAACCUGCUCUUUUUCUUCUUUAAAGAAAUCAUAACUUUGUAAAUUCGAUGAUACAUAUAACAUUCUAUAUAUAACCAAGGAGAUUGAAACCCACUUGGUGGUUCGUUUGAUAAAUUUUAAUGAUAUUCUAACUACUGUUUCCACAGUGUAGUGUCAGGGCCAUAAGGUAGUCAGUGGCUUGUUUUGCUGCCUCUCGUUCUGUAACUUUGAAAGACAAGCAAUAGCAUGUUUUUCUGCUUCAAGACUUCUCCAAAUUCUUCAAAGAAUUCAUUUUUUGUGUCUAUGUAGAGUAUCAAUAACUUUAGUCAGGAUAAGAGGCAGCCUGUCUGUAAUUGUAAUAUAUUCAAAGGCUUCCUUAGACUUGUCCGUGAGCAAAGACAGCAGUGAAGACGCCUCUGUUUUCACCCCAAAGUCAUUGUCAUCAUCCCCCCACACACCUUUUUUUGCAGGAAAUAAAAAAUUCCUAAGUUUCCUUUCCUGAAUAAUAUAUUGACCUCCAACCUCUGAAUCCCCCUUUUGGGAAAAAAACAAUUUUGGUACAUUUGGACCCCAUAUUUUCAUUUACAAGCCCUAUAAAGCAUUCCAUUUGAUACCUUGGCCCUUUGCAGGAAACAAAAAUUUCCUAAGUUUCUUUUCCUGAAUGAUAUAUUGACCUCCAACCUCUGAACCCCUCCUUUUGGGGGAAAAAAAACCCAAUUUUGGUACAUUUGAACCCUCUAUUUUCAUUUAUAAACCCUUUAAAGCAUUCAAUUUGAUUCCUUGGCCUUUAAGAAACCUCCUCGCCCCCCCCCCCCCCCCAGUUGUGAAACCCAAUUUUGAAAUCCCCAUUCUUACUCAUUUGAAGCACCCACUGUUUACAUCUUUACCUUUUGCUGUCUUUUCUGGUAAUUUUUUUACUCUAAAGUCUCCCCUUUUUUGCAGGAAAAAGAAAUCAUCCUAAAUUUCUUUUCUUGUAUGAUAUAUUGACCUCCAAUCUCUGAACCCCCUUUUCUUUUAGGUCUGCUGCCUCCCCCAAUUUGAUUUCUCCAUAGCUUUGAAUAGACUCCGCCAAAUUUCGGAGGGAAAAAACCCCAAAUUGCUAAAUCGAACCCCCUUAUUUCCAUUUCCAAACUUUAUAAAGCAUUUGAUUGGAUUCCUUGGCCCCCAGAAAGGUUUGAAUGCGGACUCUCCCAAAUUUUGACCUCCCACCCCUCAUUUUUGGUGAAUUUGAACCCCCUUAUUUCCAUUUCCAUACCAUAUAAAGCAUUCAGUUUGAUUCCUUGGCCUCUAGGAAGCCUUGACUGCAGAUUCCCCCCCCCCCCCACACACACACAAUUUUGAAAUAUCGAUUCUGAUUUGUUUACAGAAACACCCACUAUUUACAUCUCCCACUAAAUCCUUUUGUUUUCCUGUCUAGUGCUUCUGCCCUGCCAAUAUCUGCCACUCUCCUGGUUUAAGGCCAUAACCCUUUCCAAAAGCGGGGUCCCUUGAGGGGGAGGGAGACCCCCCGCUGUGCUUUCCUGAGGGUCAGAGAAAGGGGAACCAGGUUGUUGCUGCUUCUUUCGGUGGGUGGGAUUCGGACGCAAGGCUCGGCCAUGGCCUCCCGUCUGGAGAAGUUGGCCAAUGUGGUCCUCCGGGUGCCCAGCAUCGUCCUGCUGGACCUGCUCUACCGCUGGGACGUCCAGGCCUUUGCCGAGGGGCUGCGCCCCAAUGCCCAGCAUCUUUACCUGCAGAGACAUCACCUGUGGAAUAUCUACUACGCAGGCCAUGUGGUUUGUGUGGUGGUCCUGCUCCUUCCUGUCCGGUCCCUUGUGAAAAUGUACCUCUACCUCCUGACCGUCCUGCUGCUUUACGUGGGUCACCAGACCGCCUGGGACUACAUCCGUCACGAGAUGGAGCACGAAUUCUAUGGCGCCGUCUACCAGGAUCCAGUCGCAUUGGGACGCUUCGCGACCGCACUCACAAGCCAGGUCAUCGUGGCCACCCUCUGCGCCUUCCUGCUGAGGACCAAGCAGGUCUGGCUCUUUGCUGCCCCGAUGCUCCCUCUAGCCGCCCGCCUCUGCUGCCUCCCGCUACAAGUCCUGCCCACCGUCAACACCUUUGCAGCCAUUCUGACGGCCACCGAAGCCCUCUACGUCGUCACGUCUGGCUUGUCGGUGCCGUUCCAGUUGGUGUCUGCUGCCUACAGGGAAGUCACUCAGGCGCUGGAAGUAUACAACCUGGUCACGCUGGGCAUGUCCCUCUGGAAGCAGCUGGCCGUCCCGCUUUUGUUCCUGGUCUUCUGGCUGGCCUUGUUCACCCUGCAGAUCUACGCCUUGGCCUCCUCUUCUUCUGGCAGCCUUCUGUCGCACCAGGGACUGAUCUUCGUCCUCCUCAGCAGCGUGGCCGAGUGCUGCAGCACCCCCUACUCCCUCGUCGGGCUGACCUUCACCAUCUCCUACCUGGCCCUGGGUCUCCUCAAGCUCUGCAAGUUCUACUUGGCCGGAUACGGCGCUUUUCAAAAUGGCAACGUGAUGCACAGAGGUGUGACCGAGGGCGUGACCCUGCUGCUGCUGGCCCUCCAGACGGGCCUCCUGGACCUGCAGCUCCUCCAAAGGACCUUCCUGCUCAGCAUCAUCCUCUUCAUCGUGGUGACGUCCACCUUGCAGUCCAUGAUUGAAAUCGCAGACCCUGUCCUGCUGGGCCUGGGGGCUUCACGGAACAGGAGCCUCUGGAAGCACUUCCGCGGAGUGAGCAUGUGCCUCUUCCUGCUGGUCUUCCCCGGCUUCAUGGCCUACAAGAUCGCCCAUUUCUUCCACAUGGACUUCUGGCUCCUGAUCCUUAUCUCCAGCUGCAUGUUGACCUCCCUGCAGGUGAUGGGGACCCUCUUCAUCUACGGCCUCUUCAUCGUGGAGCUCUUCCAGGACGCGCCGAUGGAGAGGAUGGAUGAGAUCAUCUACUACGUCAACGCCGUCAGCCGGGUGCUGGAGUUCCUGGUGGCCCUCUGCGUUGUGGCCUACGGCUCCUGGGAGUCCAUCUUUGGGGAGUGGAGCUGGAUGGGGGCCUCGGUCAUCAUCAUCCACUGCUACUUCAACGUCUGGCUGAGGGCCCAGUCGGGGUGGAGAAGCUUCCUGCUUCGCCGGGAGGCCGCCAAGAAGAUCGGCUUGUUGCCGGUGGCCACCCAAGAGCAGCUGCAGCACCACGAUGACGUCUGUGCCAUUUGCUUCCAGGAGAUGACCCUUGCUGUGGUCAUGCAGUGCGGCCACUUCUUCCACGGGCCCUGUUUGCGCAAGUGGUUCUACGUCCAGGACACCUGCCCGCUCUGCCACCAGCCGGCCCAGCCCUUGGCGAACCCUGGAAGCCCAGGCGGGCCCCGGGUUGCAGACCCUGGUCCAGAGAUGGGCGGCAAUCCUGUCCCGGAGGAGCAAGACCCGGUUUCUCAGAGCAGCACAGAUGAUUCUGAUGAUAGCAGGACUCCAGAAGCUGGGGAGACCCCCAGAGAAGGCCCAGGAGACCCCAGCCGGGCCUUUCCGGAAGGGGAAGACCUGGAACAGUGCAGCCGAAGCAUAGGAGGAGAAUUGGAAGAGAAUCCCCUUCUAUAUACUUCCCUUUUGGAGGAAGCACAGACAUCUGUCUCAGCUGCAGAAAGCAGCCAUGGCUCUGUUCAGUGGACUGCCCAACUUGCUCCAAAAGCCCCAUUGGAACUGCCUUUGGGGGGGAACUCAUUCAGUUCAGAAGAGCCCCCAAACCCGAGGCAGGAAGACUCUCCAGACAGCGAUAUUCUCCCAGAACAGUCUGGGUCAAUUUCUACCCAAAGAGAGAGCAGUUCCAGAGUCCCUUCGUCACUCCUGUCCGAAGAACAUCUUGAGAGACCCACUCCAGAUUUGGUUCCUGAGGGUCACGCGAACGUUUUGAGUCAGAGCCAGGACCCACAUGCUAGCAGGGAUCUUAAGACAUGAGAACUGUGGAUUCUGGUACCUCCUACUCCCCACUUUUGCCUUCCUCCUGACCCCCAAACUCAGUUGAAUCUGCUGCUCUUUCUGCUUCUAGGGAAAUAGCCAAUUAAGAGAACAGGAAUUUCCUUUCUCUCCAUCUCCAUCUGGGAUAAAAAGCAAUGAAGACCACCUUUCUUGAGUAUCAAAGGGCCCAUCGUCCUUUCAGCAUUGUGGAUUGUUGUUUUUUUAGGGCGUCACUCCUGAGACCUCAGCGCCUUCCGUUGGAGCUGCAAGGUUUGUUUCUCAGAACUCUUUCCGCCGCCUUUCAAUGGUUGCGCUGGCCGCAACAUGGGCACCGCGUUUUAAAGAAGCCUGAGUUUCUUUUGAAAUGGUGGCAAGGCAUUGGGACGAUGUCUUGGAUUUUGCAGCGCAUCCAAAUGUCAGCACAGGCCGGGAAUUGGACCAUCUCCAGAUGCUGCUGCUGCACUGCAAGUCCCAAUAUCCUGUAGCAAAGAAUACUGGGAGUUGCAGUUCAGCAACAUCCGGAGAGUUGUGUGGUUCUCUCUCGAUGUAGAAAACAUUUGGAGGUUGUGCUUCCUGUCCGAACGAAGAAAUUUUGUUGGAUUUUCCCAAUGACAGCCUGAAGCCCAUGCUGCAGAAUCCUUGGAGCAUUUGGGCUGGUGGACGGGGUGAGGAGCUAAUUCCUUGUGAGCCAAAUAAAGAGGUGAAUAAAUGUUAUGGACAUCGUGUGAAACAACUACA